AUGAACAAGGUUGCCACAAAAGACUCAGACAAGAGCCGCUUGUCUACAUUUCCGCGGACAAAAACAGGGCAACAGAUUCUAACAAAGAGAAAAGAAUCACAGGAGCCCUCAGCAGGAUUGCAAAAGGAAACAGCAGAUCCAUGGGAACGUUAUGAGAAGUGCUUCAAAUUACAUCAGGCUGGUGAGGGAUAUCUUGUCUUUGCUAAGAAUGCCACCUUCAAAGAGGCUAUAAUGAAAAGGACAGAGAUCUCUAGCAUAGACGUGGUCUCAGACCUUACUGCCGCAAGUCAUAAGAAUCUUGUGCAAUUGUACGAGGUCUUAUAUCGAGAAGGCACAUUGUUCCUCUUCUACGAAGUUAUGGACGUAUCCCUAAAUCAGGUUUUUGCAACCCCUCUUGGGCGAAUGAGACUUUACGAAGUGGCAGCGUUCUCUCAUGAUAUACUUUUGGGCCUGAACUAUAUACACCAAAUACAUCGAAUCAGUCAUGGAAACAUCAAUUCGAAUAGUAUUUUGUUGGCAACUAAUGGUUCAGUCAAAAUCGCCAAUUUCGGUGAGAGUAAACUACAUAGUCAAGACCUAGAGUCACAUCAGGAUGAUAUCCGAUCAAUCGGAACAAUGAUAAUCGAGUGCCUAGAGCCCCAAACUUUUCUUCAAAAGGAGGAUUGCUUGAGGUCGAAGACAUGGGAUCCAAAGUUGAUCAACUUUAUUGAGGCAACCAAGCAAAGGAGUGCACAGUAUCUCUUGAAGGAUGACUUCCUUCAACUCUCCCCCGGGUCGCCAUGUCUGAAACCGUACAUUCGACUGGCGCGAGAGUUGGCUAACAAUCAAGUCGAGCUCCAAAGAGAUUAA